ACUCUCGAUCAGCGGGGGACAAAGACACACUUCGACACCUACUCACACACACGUUAGUGCAGGACUAUCAUACACAAAACACUUGCUUCCUGGGAUAUGAACCCUCUCAUCCUCACCUGUUUCCUGUGCUUCGUCUGCAGUGCUCUAAGUGCUCAGGGAUCUACAACCACACAGUCAGGUGACCAAGUUGGAGUGACUGUCGACCUGGCCUCAGGGGAAGGCCUCCAGAAUUUGCACAGCGAUGAUGAGGGGUUGGAAGAGGACGUAAUUUCAGGAGGAGGUGAUGAAAAUGUCAGCUUCCAUGACUCGCAUCCCAACAGAGAUGAGAAGAAGAAAAAGAAGGGCAAAGACAAGAGGAGGAACAAACACAAGGGCAAAAGCACAACUCCUUUCAAACCCGAGCACAUGGUCUUCACUAGUGGACACACAUCCACUCUCAGGACCAAUGAGGAUCCCUGCAACACCUCCCACCUGGGCUACUGCAUUCAUGGAUACUGCAAGCACAUAGACGGCCUGCAUGAACCAGUUUGUAUAUGUAUGAAGGGUUAUGAUGGAGAGCGCUGUGGGAUCCAGACUCUGGGGACAGUGAAAAAUGAGCCCACCGAGACCGACAAUGCUGAGCUGGUGCAGACGGUCUUAGUGGUCAUCGCCGUGGUUCUUUCAGUCAUCAGCUGUACCGCCAUACUGCUUAUGACCUGUGCUUAUUACAGGUCACAUAAAAACUUCCUGGCUUCCUACCUUGGAACCGUGUCAGAGCAGGAGAAGCUUCAGAAACACCCUGGUGACGUUGUCGUUUGAGAGCGUUAAGUUACAAUGAGCAAUGCUAAACAGUUCAAAGAACUUGGCUCUGACCACCCGAGAGACGAGAGAAUAGAUGGCUUCAAUAGAUGCUGUGUAAAAACACUGUCCAGAAUUUAUUAGAAUGUAAUUUAUUUAGUACUAUUAUUUAUUGUUAACAACUAUAUACGUAUCUGUAUGUUGGACUACUAUUAUAAUAUCUUUUAUCUGUGAAUGCUGAGGAUGCAGCCUUUUGAUGUUCUCUAGUUUUGGUUUUAUUUAUUGUACUGCUUUUGUUAUAGGUCAGAAAACACUCUUCAUUUCACUCUGGAAAAGGGAUGGAA